UCGUCAGCGGAACGUUGCAGCGAUGCUGACGCUGUGGGUGAUCCUCUCUGCCGCCAUACUGCUGACCUGCCAGGCUCAGCACGAAUGCGGGCCCAACGUGGUGCCGCUGUCGACAGUUCCCGGGAAACCCUGCAGACUCCGCGUCACCAGGGAUGACGUGGCCGCAAGUGACUCUGAGCUGGCAGAGGCGGUUCGUCAGGGUCUGGAGAGGGGCGGCCAGCUGGCGGCGAGGCUGAGGGAGCGGGAGGCGGCGGCGGCGCAGAGGCAGCGAGUGGCGCGGGGCUCCCCCGAGUACCACCACUACCUCACCAAUGUCGCCAGCGACGUGCAGAGAGCGCGCAUGGCCGACACCCUGCAGGACCUGGCCAAUGCCAGCGCGCUCUCCAGACAGCUCUCCCGCCAAUUUAACAUACAUCCAGAUUCCAUGGGAGACUUGCUGACUUCUAUAAAAGUUCCUGCAGACCCAUCACAUGUUCUACAAACACCAAGGUGCAAUGCUUCCAGUAUCUACAGAACACAUAAUGGAUCAUGUAACAAUCUGGAACAUUCAAUGUGGGGAAUGCUGGACACUGCAUACUCACGUCUCAUGCAACCAGUGUUCCACGAUGGUAUCAAUGAACCUAGGAAAUCUGUCACAGGCAAAGAGCUACCAAAUGCCAGAUCUCUGAGUCAGCACUUACUGCCAGUUGGUGACUUUGAUGAUGAGACUAAUACGAUGAUGGUGAUGGCGUUUGGUGGUUUAAUAACCCAUGAUGGAGCUCUCAGUGGAGACUGGCUUGGAGAGAAUGGACAGUACAUAAUGUGCUGCUCACAUAAUGCCACUCCCCUCCCAUGUAAAGACAUCAGUGUUGGCUGCUACCCAGUUAAAAUACCAGAGGAUGAUGAGUUUUACACAGAAAAAGGAGUCAAGUGUAUGAGUGUCGUGAGGACAAUGAAGACCUACACAAUGGGAGGAUACUUGGGCCCUGCACAAUCAGUUAGCUCUGCAAGCCACUAUCUAGAUGCUUCUUUCAUGUACGGAUCUGAUGAGAGGCAUGCAUCUAGAAUAAGGGAGUUCAGCGGAGGGCGACUUACGACACGGGUCCUUGCUGAUGGCAGAAAAGUGUUGCCCCAGGUCAGCGACUCAGUAGCCUCUUGCAGUGUGCCCUCUGAUGAAACAUGCUUUCUUGCUGGUGAUGACCGUGUGAACCAGAACCCACUCGUGGCCUUGGAGACAAUUUUGUUUGUGCGAGAACACAACCGAGUGGCUGACCAGUUGUCUGCUGUGAACCCACACUGGGAUGAUGAGAGACUGUACCAAGAGGCUCGGAGGAUUGUUAUUGCUGAGUAUCAACACAUAGCUUACACGGAUUUCCUGCCACGGUUAAUAAGUGAGGACUGGUUGGCAAAAUAUAAUAUCACGUCAAGGGAAACAGGCUUCAGUUAUUGUUACAAUGCCUCUACAAAUCCAGCUACACUUACAGAAUUUACAGAAGCAGUUUACCGAAUGUUCCAUGGAAUCGUUCAAGGUAACAUGCGGCUGUACAAAGGUAUAGGAUGUCCAUUUAGAAGUCGAAAAAUUACUAACUGGUUGGAUAGGCCAGAAAUAAUCACUCAGGGUGAUCAUUUGGAUCAGAUAGCCCUUGGUAUGGCACAACAACCUACUGCAAAGGAUGAUAAAUACACAGACUAUGAGCUUGACAGGAACCUAUUCAAAGGAGAUGGGGAAUAUGGCCAAGAUCUCUUUACAUUUGAUAUAUUAAGAGGAAGAGAUUCUGGCUUGGGAAGCUACAACGAUUAUCGGGAAUUAAUCGGGCUACCCCGAGCUGAGAAAUUUGAAGACUUCAGUGAUCUUAUGCCGUACGAGGAUGCCACAGCUUUGGGACACUUUUAUGAGCAUCCUGAUGAUGUUGACCUCAUCAUGGUGAUGUUGGACAAGAGGAAUGAAAAUACACUGAAUGUAAGGGAAACUAUACUUGUGGAGCAAUUCAAACGCUGGAAAUGUGGAGACCGAUUUUUCUACGAUUAUGGCGGAUCUCCUUACCCGUUCACAUCAGAUCAGAUCAAUGAAAUAAAAAAGGCAACAAUUUCAAGAAUUGUCUGUGACAACUCUGACCACAUGACAAGAAUACCACACAAUAGUUUCAAAAAAGUUUCCAAUACAAAUAAGGUGGUUGACUGCAAUGAACUACCAGUUGUGGACCUGAGCUUCUGGAAGGAGAACAAAUGACAGCACUCCAGAUCAGUUAUGAAGUUGAUCUUGCUACACUGACUUGUUGGUUGGAAUGUAUAAUAAAUGAUCUUUUGUGAACACAGCAAUAAAGCCUCAAAGUUUUGGCUUGUUCACUUAAAUAGUACUUAUAAUUUAUCAAUA